AUUUUAAUCGUGACAUACAUACUAUCUUCGUCAGUAUUCACAGAUGUAUUAAAAGAGCAUUUUAUUAUUAGAAACUCUCUCGUGUCGUGUUUAACGUUCAUUGCUGCUCAAAGCCAGGAGAAACCCUUAAAAAAGACUAAAGAAAAUCGAUCUGUUCCAAGUUUAGAUCAAUCUUUAUAGAACAACUAAGUCCAAAUUUAAAGACCACAUAUAUCGAUAAUAUAAUAAUACUGACGAAAAUAUUUCGGACGAUUCACAAGUAGUCAGUUUGCAAUAAUACACGUAUAAUAAUUACACGUAUAAACAGCAUCAAACUACAGAUCGUUCACGUAGUACGCGUAAGAAUCGUCUCGCGGAAAUCAAGAUGACGCUUGGCGAUCGAGCCUAUCCUAAAAGCCCGCUCACGCUAUGAAAAUCGGAAGGACAACUUUCAGAUGUACCACAUGAAUCAUUGCAUCGCACGGUGCAACGACCGACACAUUUCCCGAUGUACAAUAAUAAUUACGUAUUCCCAACGCCGUUGCCGUUCGUUGGUGCAAUGCUUCGAACCGGCGCAACUUAUAGACAAGUAUCGAUUACGAACGGAGAGCUACUAAUUUAAUAUCGGGAUCGAACCGCGCCGAGCUGUUAUAGUUCCGCGUUGUCUCGCACGUUGUCUCAGUGACAGCGGAAGACGACCAUCGGCCAGACGUCGGUUUUUCCCUUCGUGACGAUUUUUUAGGGCGGACCAUGUGGUGUCACGUGUUAAUCUCGAUCGUGGUACUGCUGUCGUCGUUGCUCUAUCAUUAUCACUUCAGCGAGCCGACCAGCGUUAUCGAUCAUCCCGAGACGCAUUACGACUACAUCGUCGUUGGCGCUGGCACGUCUGGCUGCGUGAUUGCAUCACGGCUCUCAGAGGUGUCGAACGUGACCGUUCUGCUCGUGGAAGCUGGCGGGCACUUUGGAUGGUUGUCGACCAUGCCGCUUCUGGCACCGAUGAUGCAAGGCACCGAGGUCGACUGGGCCUACAAAACGGAGCCGCAAGUUUUCUCGUCCCGUGGGUUCUACGGCUAUAGACAAAACUGGCCGAGAGGGAAGGGCUUGGGUGGAAGCGGGCAGCUUAAUUAUCUCGUUCACUCCUUCGGGAGGCCCGAGGAUUACAAGAGGUGGCCGAAGGGUUGGACGCACGCCGACUUGCUCCCCUAUAUUCACAAAGUGUCCGACAUUAUGAACGUUAUCCCGAUGCCAGAGGAAGAGUACUUGACGAAGGCCUUCGUUCUGGCUGAGGAGUCGUUGAAGCUGGAUAACGUAUUCCUGCGGAAAGCGAUGUACACCGCGCGGAAGGGGACUAGAUGGAGCACGCUUCAUGCGUACCUGCGGAAAGCCUGGAAUCGCAACAACCUGCACAUCUUGAUGAACACGCUCGUAGCAAAGAUACUGUUCAACCAUAAGAAGAUCGAUGGCAUCAGAGUGAUGUAUAGAAACGGCUCGGUCGGGAGUAUCAACGUGAGGAAGGAGGUGAUCCUCUGCGCAGGCACCGUCAACAGCCCGCAGUUGCUCUUGAUUUCCGGCGUAGGGCCCGUCGACGAGUUGGAGAAGCACAAGAUACCCGUGGUGCGAGAUCUCCCGGAGGUGGGCCGGAAUCUGUUCGAUCACCUGAACGUGCCGAUUUACGUGAACCUGCGGGAGCGCGUCAGCAUCACGCUCGUCAAGCUGCAGACAGUGCCCGAGGUGUUCAAUUAUUUCGCCUUUGGAACCGGAUGGUUGGCCACUAACGGCGUAAUGGGACUCGGCCUCGCCAACAACAGUGGUAUCCUCCUCUUCGGCGUGGCGUCCACGGAGGAAAAAUUGCUCAAGGCCAUCUCGAAUUUCGAGACCGAGACGUACAGAUCGCUGUUUCCGUCGUACAACGACAGCAUGCACGAGGGAUUCAUCUAUCUCGUGUCAUGUCUGCAACCCAAGUCCCGCGGAAGCGUGAUGUUGAGGUCAAGCAGCAUCCAUGACCCGCCGAAAAUCAAUCCGGCGUACCUUCAGGAUCCUGAUGACGUCAUGUGCACUUAUCGAGCCAUAAAACUCGCGAUAGAUACCCUCAACACGAGGCUAUUUCGCGAGUACGGAGCGAAGGUCCAUCUUCCCGAUCUCGAGGAGUGUCGCCACUUACGACAGGACUAUCGGGACAUGGAUUACUCGGAGUGCGUCAUGAGAAUCGCGGGUCUCACGAGUUACCAUCCGUGUGGCACGUGCAGAAUAGGCGCGGUUGUGGACGAGGAACUGAAGGUGAAAGGCGUGAGUGGAUUAAGGAUAAUGGACGCCAGCGUAGUGCCGUCUCCAAUUUCCGGCACGCCGAAUUCGGUUCUCGUUGCGAUGGCGGAACGCGCGUCUGACAUAAUUAUGGAUCGGACGCCCAACUGAGAUUUCAUUAAUCGUGUAACGCGAUGCGUUUUAUCAUCAAAAGAAAUUUACUGUUAAAAGAGAUAAUUUAAUGUUAUUAAAAAACAUUAUACAUACGCAA